UACACUUGUUAAUUUUAAAUAUUAUCUUGUACUUAGAAUAAAAAAAAAAUACAUUUUUGUACGAAAAUAUAAAAUGCAACUCAAAAUUAUAAUUAAAGCAUAUUUGAUUUUUCUAAUUUCAUUUGUCGAUUCACUAAAGCCAACUAGUAUAUCUGAUAAAGAUUUUAAGGCAAAAUUAACUAAUGCGACCUUAGACAAUAUCAGAGAACUACUAACUUACGAUAAUCUGACAUCAAGUCAAUUGAAUGAAAUUGCACGCAAAUUAGGCAGGGCAAAUAUUUCAUAUUGCAAUACUACAGACGAAAAAUGUUUAUUUAUUCAUAAAGAUCACGUUUAUAAAUUAGCCCGUAAAAUAAUGUCCAAAACAAAAUCAGAUCAAUUCUUAAAUAGUAUUUUGUUGAAUGCAUUUAAUAAAUUAGAUAAAGAACACGUACAAUUAACUGAUAUACGCAAAUUAUUUAAGCAACACAAUAAAAAUAUUGACAAAAAACACUUGGAUAUUUUAAUUACCGUAUGGAGUUUCAAUGUUAUCAGAUAUGCAGUUAACAAACCUAAUGAUCCUAACAAAUACAAAUUCUACAUACCUGAUUUGGCAGGUUCAAUUAAUUCUAAGUAAUCCACUUAUGAGUGUAUGAAUGUACCACAUUUAAAACUCAUGUACAAUUGACACAGUUGUCUCUAUUAACAAAUUUUUUUAAGUUGUUUUUUUAAAUACAUUGUUUAUUUUAAAUUCUGUAUUUAUUGAGAGAAUGUUUUAAUAAUUGUGAAAAUAUAAGUAAUAUGUUCAAUUAACACAUUUCCUUUGACAUCUUACAACGUCAAAAUAAUUAUUUUAAAACUUAUUUAUCUUAUUGUUUUAAUCUUUUUAAACUAACAAUAAUGUAAAAAUAAAAAUUACGUGUAUCAAAUAGUGACAUAAAAUAUUUAUUU